AUGAACGGUCCAUAUCCCUCUUUCAAAGUUAGAGUCAAACCUCUUAGUCCGCCUACAAGUCCUCAAAGGUAUUUUACUUCGAAAAAACAACAUCAAGAGAUGACCGAGGAACCUGAAGAAAUAUCUCAAGAAGAUAAGACUGAUAGUUCUCCGUUGGAAAAGAUGAUCUAUCAACAUCAAUCUCAUUCAGCCUGGAAUGUCCGACAUACCCAAAACCCCUCUCCCAACUCCUCGGAUGACGAUGAUCACCCGUUGAUGCCUACUAGAUAUCAUACACCACCGCCUAUCCAAGAUGACGAUGAUGGCGACUUACUUCCACCAUUAUUACCUCGAAGUAUCACCCGCUCAUCUUCAUUUGAGUCCACUUCCAGAAAUACCACUCCCAUUCCAUGGGCUCAAAGAAGUGGAAGUGGAAGUAAUUCACCGGGAAGACGAACCCCGCCCAAAACACCUUCCAGACAGAAUACCUCACCGUUGAGAAAAGCAAGUGAUGAUGGAAAUCAAACACCUAAAACAUGGAGACAUGUUGAUCCUUCACCUCCCCGUUCUGGAUCAGUCAAAGAAAAGGAAACAUCGCCAUUGAUCACUCCUCGCACUCCUGAAACUCCCACACGAACGAUAUCCCGAAUAAAAGGAUUAGGGAGUAAAAAGCACAAUACCAAGAAAGUUGGGGUAGUCGGAGGUGAUACGCCACUUACACCUUCUUCACCCACUUCGUAUGGUAACUUCUGGGAGGACGUUGAUGGAAGGAAAGAAAGUGAGAGAACCCAACAAUCGCCUACUAAGAGGUUCUGGAAAGCUUUGAGAUUGGCUUCUCCUGGUAGAAAGCACAAUGAAAAGAACGAAGUGGACACAGACACUGUGGUUCAUGGUGAAGGCCAGGUCAGUCCGGGUAAGAGAAGUGGUUGGUUCUGA